GAUGUCAUAAGAGCUGCGUCGCGAUGUUGUUGUAAACAUCGGCUGUGGAAAGAUGUUGACUCCUCUAUAUCAUAGUAGCCAUCAUGAUUCACCCGUGCAGUGCAGCCACUCCCACAGCAGUUCACCGAUAAAUGCUGUGAUUAUUUUCCUCAACCUUCAUGUCAAGGACACUCAGAUUCAAACAAGCAGGAAGAACUCCAGCUGUAACAACUGAAAUUUGUCUGACACACUGUUGUAGUGAUGGAUGUUAUUAAAGAGAAGAGUGAGGACAUUGGUAUUCCAGAACCAUGCAGAAUGAAUAAAGAAGAAAUUAAGGAAGAAAGAGACUUGGAAGUGAAAGAGGAAAGUCAAGAACUGAAUGAAGCGGAGGACGGACAUAAGUAUCAGAAACCUCAUGAUUUCACAACUGGAGAAAAAUCGUAUAGUUGCUUUCAAACUGAAAGCAAUUUCUCACAAAAAUGUUUAGAAGGAACAAGAGCCAAAAAUUGUCACACCUGCCCUCAAUGUGGAAGGAGAUUCACACGUAGCAUAAACCUUAAGAAUCACAUCAGAAUUCACACAGGAGAGAAGCCUUUUACAUGCCUUCAAUGUGGAAAGAGUUUCAGACAAAACAGAUGCCUGAAGGAUCACAGACGAAUUCACAAUGGCGAGAGCUCUUUCACAUGUCUUCAGUGUGGAAAGAGUUUUUUUCAACAUGGAAGCCUUAUAAGACACCUAAGAGCUCACACGGGAGAGAGGCCUUUCACAUGCCUUCAUUGUGGAAAGAGUUUUACAAGAAAUGAACACCUGAAGGAUCACUUGAGAAUUCACUCUGGAGAGAGGCCUUUCACAUGCCCUCAGUGUGGGAUGAGUUUCAUACAUCAAAGUGCCCUAAACAGUCAUAUGAAAAUUCAUUCGGGAGAGAAAAUACACCACUGUUCUCAGUGUGGCAAGUGUUUCACUCGGGCAUCACAUCUCAAAGUUCAUCUGCGCUAUCACGCUGGAGAAAAGCCAUUUAACUGUGAUCAGUGUAGCCAAACUUUUAUGUUUGCAUCCGAACUAAAAAGACAUCUGACAAUUCAUGCAAACGAAAAGCCGUACUUGUGUUCUGUUUGUGGAAAGAGUUUUUCUCAGCUGGCCUAUUUUAAAGAGCACCAGAAGAUACAUCUAAGCGUGAAAGCUCACGUGUGCUCAGAGUGUGGUAAAGCUUUUCUUCGAGUUAGCUCUUUGAAACUGCACCAAAGAAUCCAUACUGGAGAAAAACGUUACAUGUGCUCACAUUGUGGAAAGAGUUUCACUGCUUUAGGAACCCUGAAAACCCAUGAGAGAGUUCAUACUGGAGAGAAGCCGUACCACUGCCUGCCAUGUGGGAAGAGUUUUGCUACUUUAGGAACCCUGAAAAUACAUGAAAGAUUGCAUAGUGGAGAGAGGCCGUACCACUGCACUUUAUGUGAGAUGAGUUUCAGCACAUCGGGUACUCUACUGAGACAUUUAAAGAAGCAUUGCCCAAAGUUGUCACUGCAAACUUUUUCUUGAGAAACUCAUCAGCAUUGUAUAUAAGAUUGUAGGGUUGUUACGAUACCAAAAUUUCAGUAGUCGUUACUCAUUGAAUUUCAUGGUUCUCGAUGCCAGUUUCGAUACCACAGCAAAAAUAUGCUAAUAUGGUAAUGUGCUAUUGAACAAACUCCUUUAUCUUAUAAUAAAUGAAAAGAUAUGCAUGUUUCCUUCAGGUGUUUCUCAAUUAAGUAUGCAUUGCUUAAGUGUUUUUAAAUAUGACCCUGUACUUAAAUCGGUUUUAUUUUCCCAAAUCCUGUUUUCCUUUUUUUUUUUUU